AGCCAUGCAGGCACGCGGCCAGCUUCGCUUCUCUGCGCAGCAUUGGUUGUUGUCGCUCCUAGUUAUCCGGAGAAAGUUCGACUAACAGUCAUUUCCUUUUAUUUCGCUGUGAUAUUAAAGAAGUAUGGCGGAGUCUCAAGAGGACAAGCUGUACCAGGCGGUAUAUGCCAAAAGCAGCCGUGCAUCGUGCAAGAAAUGCAAAGAAAACAUAGCGAAAGACUCGCUGAGAAUGGCCAUCAUGGUGCAGUCACCCAUGUUUGAUGGGAAAGUUCCCCACUGGCACCACUUCUCUUGCUUCUGGUCGAGAGCUGCAGCUCAGUCCACGGCUGAUAUAGCGGGCUACUCUGACCUGCGCUGGGACGACCAGGAGAAAGUAAAGAAGGCCAUUGAGAGUGGAGGAGCAGUAGGAGGAGACCAGAAGGGUGGAGCCACAGGAGAGAAGACACUCAAUGACUUUGCAGUAGAAUAUGCCAAAUCAAACCGCAGCAAAUGCAAAGGCUGUGAUCUGAAAAUAGAAAAGGAUCAGAUCCGUGUCUCCAAGAAAACUGUGGACCCAGAGAAGCCCCAGCUGGGUCUGAUCGACCGCUGGUACCACACUGCGUGUUUCGUGAGCAGCAGGGAGGAGUUGGCCUUCAAACCUGAAUACAGCGCCGCUCAGCUCAAAGGUUUCAACGCACUGAGGGCAGAAGAUAAGGAGGAACUUAAGAAGAGGCUUCCUGCUGUAAAAACUGAAGGUAAGCGUAAAGGCGAUGAAAUGGAUGGAGCAACAAAGAAACAGAAGAAGGAAGAGGACGAUGAGAAAAAGAAGCUCGAGGAGCAGUUAAAGAACCAAAGCCAGCUGAUUUGGGGAAUCAAGGACAAGCUGAGGAAGUUCUGCUCCACCAACGAUAUGAAGGAGCUGCUGAUUGCAAACAGCCAGGAGGUUCCCUCAGGAGAAUCUAAUGUUGGUAACCAUGCCCUGUAUUCGACAGAGCGAGAGGCAUUCCAGACUAGACAGAACGAGAGGGCUAGGACGGAGGAGCGGGAGAGCGCAAGCAGUAGCAAAACCAAGAAGAUGAAACUGACGGUGAAAGGAGGAGCUGCUGUGGAUCCAGAUUCAGGGCUGGAGAACAGCGCUCAUGUCCUGGAGCAGAGCGGGAAGAUGUACAGCGCUACGCUGGGUCUUGUGGACAUUGUCAGAGGAACUAACUCCUACUACAAAUUGCAGCUGCUAGAGGAUGAUGUACAGAAACGGUACUGGGUGUUCAGGUCAUGGGGCAGAGUGGGUACCACUAUCGGAGGCAACAAGCUAGACAAGUUUCACGACAAAAACUCUGCCAUGGACAACUUCCUGUGUGUCUACAAAGAGAAGACGGGCAACACAUGGAGCACCUCCAACUUCACCAAAUAUCCCAAUAAGUUCUACCCACUGGAGAUUGACUAUGGACAGGAUGAAGAAGCGGUGAAGAAGCUGACAGCCAGCGCCGGCACCAAGUCCAAGCUGGCCAAACCCAUCCAGGAGCUGAUCAAGAUGAUCUUUGAUGUAGAGAGCAUGAAGAAGGCCAUGGUGGAGUUUGAGAUUGACCUCCAAAAAAUGCCCCUAGGAAAACUGAGUAAGAGGCAGAUCCAGAGUGCCUAUUCCCUCCUCACUGAUGUACAGCAGGCUGUGACAGAAAGUUUGUCUGAGGCCCACAUCCUGGAUCUCUCCAAUCGCUUCUACACCCUGAUACCUCACGACUUCGGGAUGAAGAAACCCCCGCUGCUCAACAGCCUGGACUACAUUCAAAAUAAAGUUCAGAUGUUGGACAACCUGUUGGACAUUGAAGUGGCAUACAGCCUGCUGAGAGGGGGGGCCCAGGACGAUGAGAGCGAUCCCAUCGACAUCAACUACGAGAAACUCAAAACCAAGAUUGAGGUUGUUGACAAGUCUACAACUGAGGCUGAGAUCAUUACGCAAUAUGUUAAGAACACCCACGCUGCUACACACAACACUUACACGCUGGAAGUGGAAGAGAUCUUUAAAAUAGUUCGAGAGGGAGAGCGCCAACGGUACCGUCCCUUCGAGGAGCUAAACAAUCGCCAGCUGCUGUGGCACGGUUCUCGCAAAACCAACUACGCUGGUAUCAUGUCUCAGGGUCUUCGCAUUGCCCCUCCAGAGGCUCCAGUGACUGGUUACAUGUUCGGUAAAGGUGUGUACUUUGCCGACAUGGUGUCAAAGAGUGCAAACUACUGUCACACCUCCCAGUCAGACCCCGUCGGUCUCCUACUGCUGGCUGAGGUUGCUCUGGGCAACAUGCAUGAAUUGAAGAAGGCGUCCCACAUUACAAAAGUACCCAAGGGCAAGCACAGUGUUAAAGGUGUGGGUAGAACUGCUCCUGAUCCAAGUGCAUCUGUCACUUUGGACGGGGUGCAAGUGCCUCUGGGAAAAGGAAGCAACACGAACAUUGAUGACACAAGUCUCCUGUACAACGAAUACAUUGUGUAUGAUGUGUCACAGGUCAACAUGAAGUAUCUCCUGAAGAUCAAGUUUAACUACCAGACGUCCCUGUGGUGAGGGGGUGGGGGUCUGUGUUCAAACCCUUUUCAUUGAAAACUGAGACCACUGUUGCUGUCAAAUGCCUGGGCUUCAUGGCAAAGGAGGGAUGCUAUACCACAUUUUUACAAUGGUCAAUGGAAAUCUCUAGUCACUUUAUUGCUUUCUCAUCAGGUUAACUAGCUUGCAGCGUUCUUCAUAACACCUUAGGUAGUUCAAUACCUACGUCAGAGUUGCUUAUAAGACAGACAUACAAAUCAAAGCUCAAUCUGGUGGUUGAAGCACGGUGCCUAGUUCGCAGAGAGGUUUAGGAAUGAACAAUAGAAAAUAUUUGUAGUUUUCAGUUUCACAUGGUCUUCUUGGAAUUUUGGAAAGGAUCUUUCUUCUUUCUUUAUUAAACCUAAUAAAAUUUAGUACUGCAAAUUUAGGGAGGGAGUUAAGAGUUUUUAACAAUCAAUCUGCAAACGUACACAACCCCUCAAAUGAACAUUUUUUAGACUGUUUGGUUCAAAUACACUGUACAAUGUUUGUUGUGUAUAUAUUUGUUCUGUUGUUUGUCUAACAAGCUGUCUUCCUUGCAGAAAAUGGGGGGCAAAAUAAACAAUGUGGUUAGCAUUCUGCAAAGUAUUCUGAAAAAGAAAUGACUGUCAUGGUAUGUGGUACACUUGAUCUUAGUGCGUUUCUUGCUUACCUGAAAUACAAUAAAUUGUUGAGAAUA